AAUUCGUUUUGUUUUCAUUUUUUGUAGUUAUUUUUUAUUACCUCCUUUUUACUUGACCGACGACGACGAAGGAUGAAGGACUCGAAUCUGGCGGUGCCGGCGGCGAAUCAGCGGCCCUGGGAGACCAUCGACUGGCCGGCGGAGCAGCAGCGCUGGAUCCACCGCAGCUGGGGCCAGUACUUUGCGAGGAUGCGCAAGAACAGCUUCGCGCACACGUAUUUCGACAGGUGCAUCGGCGAGGAGCACGAGCACGAGGUGCUCGAUCACAAGGCGCUGUAUCUGCGCAGCAAGUUCCAGAGAUCGGUGGCCCUGCCGCUGGGCGCCUUGGCUGAUAGUUUGCGGGCUACGGAGGCGAGCGAGGUGUGGAAUGCGAAUGUGUCGAUGGAACUGGCCGAUGCGCUGUACGAUCUGAAUCGGUUCGAGGACAACAAGAGCUUGCUGCACGAGAAUGUGCGGCGGCAUGCGGGCACCGCUAUGAAGGCCUUCGAGAAUCGCAUCCUGUUGGUCGAUGAGAAUCUGAAGGAUUGCACGGGCUACAGUCUGGCCAACUUCUUCAUGGAGCACUCGUCGCAGCUGCCCGGCUUCUAUGAGCACCAGCAGGAGGAGCUAAGGAAGGCGGACAAGCGACCGCUGUGGAAAAUCCUGAAGGAGCGCAACGAGUGCGACGUCCAGAGCAGCAGGAUUCGCAGGGAGGAGAUGCUCUCGCCGCUGGAGAGCGAGCGCAGGCGUCGCAAAACUAAGAUCUAUUAUCAGAACUAUCUCGGUCGCAACUGGACGGAUUUUAUAUUCCUGAAGACACUACGUCGCAAUCCCAACUGCCUGCUGAACAACAACUUUGGCUCCUCGCCGCAAAUAACCGAGAAUCUGGAGUACUCCUUUCGGCGGCUGAAGACCUUCACGCGGAUGCUACAGGCACGCAGCCCCAUGUACAAUGAGUACUUCCAGCGGAAUCCACGAAUGGAGGCUCGCAUGCGGGACUCGAAUCUGUUUAGGAUUCAGUACCAGACCAGGAGGAAUAUGCAGAGCAUCCUGCGAACCAUCCAGGUGCUGAGGAAAAAGAAUGACAUCAAGCGCCUGCGCAAAUUCGUGGAGGACGUGAUGGGCAACUAUGUGGUCAUCAAGACGAACCGGCUGAUGCCCUGGAAGGCGGAAUUCAUGAACGAGGUGUACAACCACCUGGGCCUGAGCCUGUGCCAGGGCUACCGCCUGCCCUCCACGCGGGUGACGCCCUACGAUAAGGGCGCCAUGUGCCAUCUGCUCAACAUACCCAGCGCCAAGCCGCUGGAGCACUCAGAGUUCAUCUUCGGCGACCGGUCGACUUACUCCUACGCGGGUCCCGACAAGCAGAGCACCGACCGAUUGGCCGAUCAAAACUACAUCGAAUACCUGGAGAAGCGUCUGCUCUUCGCCCGCCUGCCGAUCGAAAGGAGCUACUUGCUCCACGAACUGGCCGAUCGGUACAUGCAGAAGAACCACUUCGUCCAGAGCCUGUCCUACGCCCAGAAGGCCAUCGAGGAGGCCAGGAUGUGCAAUAGUCGGAUCUGGGAGUUCCUCGGCACCAUGCUGAUGGCCAAAUCGCACGCAGUGCUGCACAAGUACGAGCGGCAAACGGAGGUUCUCAAUGCCGCCUACCAACUGGCCACGCAGCUGAAGUCGCCGCAACUUUGCACCUUCAUCGAACUGUGCCGCAUGCUGAACAAGGACUACAUAACGCUGCGCAAGAUGUCCCAGCUGGUGACCAGCAAGCGACUACGCACCAAAAUCUCCAAUAGGUCCAGCUUCUUCAGCUCACCCAACUACUCGCCCAACUUUUCGGAGAUUAAGAAGCAGGAGGCUGAUCUUCUGACGGCCUAAUUCGGCGGAUUGACUGAGGGGCAAUGUUUCAAUACAAUGCCCUUCAUUUGAGCCGUUGGAUUUGGCCCGCCAAAAUACCAGCCUCUAUGGAAUAUAGCAAAGGAAUCAUAUAAAAUAAUAUUAUUAGAUAUUAAGAAGUAGCACAAAAUCGUAAAAAAAAAUUCAGAAUUAUCUGUAUUGUAAAAUCGUAAAAAUAUAUCUAAAGAGAAAUGUUAAGCCUGUUCGCUGUGUAAUUUUAAAAUUAAUUUACUAGCCCCUCUUUAUUUACACACUGUAAUUAGCAAUUACUGUGCGAAAUCUAAUGUUUACCCAAGAAAUAUUCAAUUUAAUGAAGACCUUUGCAAAUGCUAUGAUUUAAAAUCGAACAGGCCAAUCCCUUUGGCAUGCAAAUUAUCCGAAAUUAAAAUGUCACUGCCCCAUAUUUGAAUAUAAAUGAACGGCAUAAAUAAAAUAAACAAAGUGCAGUGCGCUGUAAAAACUAUUAAAUGGGCUAGCAAAAUCA